AUGCGUUUGCGCAUAUCGCAGACGGCACAACGUACGAGCCUGUCCAAGCGCUCAUCAGGCCUGACAAGGCGCAGGGGUACUCAGACCUCAGUCCUUCAUCAGAGAAAAUAUGCUAAAGAGAAGCAUAGCAUCCAACCUGGCUCUUACAUAGACUUUGUCGGCAGAUGGCAACCAUCGCCGUCGAAAGGCCAGUCGCAUGAGUUACAGGUCGAGAACGUACUUUACCAGGGCAAUUCGAAUGCAGAGGAGAAUCCUAUCCAGCCAAAAGACACGAGCUACGACUUCCUACGGACGAUUCCACAUUUACGCAUGCGAACAAGCUGGCAAAAUCUCAUCCUUCGCACCCGCAGCCACCUCACUCGCGCUGUGAGUGAUUAUUUUGAGGACGUGUGCUCGGACCCUGCGGUGCAAGUCCAUCCCCCGCUCAUUACGUCCUCCGACUGCGAAGGCGCCGGCGAAGUAUUCACAGUUGUGCCCCAGAAUGGGAGCAUACCUCCUCUCAAAAGAACCGGAGCACCAGGCGUACGGCCCGAGAUACAGCAUUUCUUCGGCGAGCCGAAAUACCUCACCGUCUCGUCGCAGCUGCAUCUUGAAGCCUUCUCGGCCGAACUAGGUAACGUCUGGGCUCUGUCACCCACUUUCCGCGCUGAGCAGUCUGAUACUGUGCGCCACCUUGCCGAAUUUUAUAUGUUAGAGGCUGAAUUCCGGGGCACCAUAGCCCUCUCGGCGGUCAUCGACCAUGCCGAAGCUCUGAUCCGCUAUCUGGCUGAACGACUGGCAAAUUCGAGGAUUGGGUCCGAGCACAUGAACAGCUACGCGGGAGCUCACACGAGUAGACAGAACCCCGAGUCCCGCUGGGCAAGACUCAUAGCUGGACCGUGGCCGCGUAUCACCUACCGCGACGCCAUCAUUGAACUCUGCGAUGCGCAAGCCAAAGGACACGAUUUCGCAAUCAGGCCCGGCUGGGACGCGGGCCUCGCCCUUGAGCACGAGCGGUUUCUGGUCGCGAACGUUUUCGACAACCAGCCUGUCAUCGUCACGAACUAUCCCGAGGAGCAGAAGCCCUUCUACAUGUCUCGGGGCAUGGAUAUGCUGCCCGGUGACGUCGUUGAUGUGGCGAAAGGAUCCACCGAGCGGGUCGAGACGGCCGCAUGCUUUGACAUCUUGUUGCCGGACGGCUACGCGGAGGUGUGCGGCGGCUCACUACGCGAGCACAACCUUGAGAAGCUUCUCCAGAAGAUGCGACUGCGAGGUAUGCUGGAUCAAACGAACCACUCUGGCGAAGCUGGGCAGUAUCCGGGACUACUGGAAGGAGAGUCGCUAGGGCCGAUGAAGUGGUACGCCGAUCUGAGGCGUUUCGGCAGUAGUCCGCACGGCGGGUUUGGCAUUGGGUGGGACAGACUGCUGGCAUAUCUGUGCUGUGUGGCGAAUGUAAGGGACGUGGUUGCCUUUCCUAGAGCAUGGGGCCGGGCUGACUGCUGA